UUACAGCAAUAUAUAGAAAAAUAUUGACAGCAAUAUAUUUAUGAAUAAUGAUAUCAAUUGAAAAUUAUUGAAUUCAUUAUAUUGGAAAAUAUUUCGAAUUAUUGCAAAUUGUCUCUUUAAAUGUCUCUUUAAAUGUCCAUUUAAAUUUUGUUGUAAUUCAAAAUGUCUGAGGAACAGAGAAAAGCGGUUGCUGCGAUUAUUAUUGCUACAACUUUACUUCCGACAAACUUUUCCAAACCUAAGGUUACGCGUAGAAUUUGGGUAAAGGAGUGGAUGAAAAAACGAAAAUCGAUCGGUGUUUACGAUAACUUAGUGCAAGAACUACGUUUGUAUGACGAAGAGAGUUUCCGCAAAUACCUGCGAAUGAGCCCAGACAUAUAUGAGCUUUUACUUGAGAAAGUCAGAAGUAAAUUAACGAAGAAGACAACGCAUUUACGGAAACCUUUGGAGCCGGAGUUGAAGCUGACAAUAACUUUGCGCUUUCUCGCUACUGGGGAGAAUUUUACUAGCUUACAUCAUCACUAUUCUGUUGGUAUUUCAACCAUUGCCACAUUUAUUCCUCAGGUUUGUCAAGCAUUAUAUGAUACACUAAAAGAUGAUUUCCUCAAGUUCCCCGAAAACAAAGACGACUGGCUUGAAAUUGCAUCUGAAUUCGAAACGAUGUGGCAAUUUCCAAAUUGCAUUGGGGCAAUGGAUGGAAAACAUAUUGCUCUGUACCAUCCUAAGCUUCGCGGUUCAACAUACUACAACUACAAAGGUUUUUUCAGUUUAGUUUUACUAGGUAUCAUUGAUGCGCGUUAUCGAUUUAUUUUUGUCGAUAUCGGCUGCCAGGGACGUCUGAGCGAUGGUGGAGUUUUCAGGCGGUGUGAAUUUUUUAGAGGAUUAUCUACAAACAGCAUAGAUUUACCAGAAAGGAGAAAACUGCCAAACAAAUCUGGAAUUGAUGAUUCCUUCCUUAACCCUGAGUGUGACCAGCCACUCUUGCCAUACGUUCUAGUUGCUGAUGAUGCUUUUCCCUUAACUGAGUAUUGCAUGAAACCUUACGCACAGAAAGGACUUACUGAGUCAAAGCGCAUAUUCAACUAUCGUUUAUCACGUGCAAGAAGAACAAGUGAAAACGCUUUUGGAAUACUUGUAAAUCGGUUUCGCUGCCUCACUGCAAAAUUAAAUGUUUUUCCCGAAUCUGCUGUAAAAGUAACGUUAGCUACUUGUGCGUUACAUAAUAUGCUGUGUACUAUGUCUAUGCAAACGUAUACAAACGCGGAGGGACCGGAAAUCAAAGAUAAUAUUUUUAACAACCUAUCAAGUCUGUCCCCGAUGGAAGGAACAAAAUCAAGAAACUUUAGCACACGCGCAGAAAAUAUUCGAAAUUCUUUCAGUGAUUAUUUUCAAGGUAUAGGCCAGGUGCAUUGGCAAUGGAAUCAAGUAUACGGACAAUAG